AGUUUGUCCGGUAGUGUAGGAUCAUUUGGUUGUUACCCCAUCAGACAAGCAGCUAAGGUUGUCAAGGAACGAUGCCACCCAAGCCAUCAGCGAAAGGAGCAAAGAAGGCAGCGAAAUCUCACAAGCCGCGUAGCGGCGAUAAGAAGCGACGAAGCAGGCGAAAGGAGUCGUACUCGGCGUAUAUUUAUCGUGUCUUGAAGCAGGUACAUCCUGAUACGGGCAUUUCCUCGAAGGCUAUGUCAAUUAUGAACUCAUUCGUGAAUGACGUCUUCGAACGUAUUGCUGUGGAAGCUAGUCGCUUGGCUCAUUAUAACAAGCGUUCAACGAUCUCAUCCCGCGAGAUCCAGACGGCUGUACGGCUUAUUCUGCCUGGUGAACUGGCCAAGCAUGCUGUUUCGGAGGGUACAAAGGCAGUCACAAAGUACACGAGCUCGAAAUGAGCGAAGUUGUACUUUGCAUACCGUCUUGGCUCAACGACCAAAACCCAACGGCCCUCUUUAGGGCCACAUCUGGAUGAGUCAUGCUAUUCCUAGGGAUUUUUCAUGUUCGUACAGUGCUUUUCACCUUUGUUGUUUGUAACGAAUUGCUGCAUUACAAAUAAAGUUGUUUUACGCUUUGUGUUGUUCAUUAGAAUAAAACAAAUCGCAAGUGAA